GUCCGCUCCGCUGUGCUGCGUCGAUUAGCGCUGGAGAGGCGGAAGGGGCUGAGGGAUUCUGUUAUUAUCGGUAACAGAUAUCCGAGUCCACCUGUGUUUUAGUGCGGACUGGACGACGAGAUAUUGAGGCGGAGAGCCCCUGCUAAAGCGCCGAGAUGUUGAAUAUGUGGAAAGUCAGGGAGUUGGUGGAUAAAGCCACCAAUGUUGUGAUGAACUACUCAGAGAUAGAGUCCAAGGUUCGAGAAGCCACCAAUGAUGACCCCUGGGGCCCAUCGGGUCAGCUCAUGGGUGAGAUUGCCAAAUCCACAUUUAUGUAUGAGCAGUUCCCUGAAGUUAUGAACAUGCUUUGGACCAGAAUGCUGAAAGACAACAAGAAGAAUUGGAGGAGAGUUUACAAGGCCUUAUUGCUAUUAGCGUACCUCAUCAGAAACGGCUCAGAGCGGGUGGUCACCAGCGCCAGAGAACAUAUUUACGACCUGCGUUCUAUGGAAAAUUAUCAUUUUGUAGAUGAGAAUGGGAAGGACCAGGGCAUUAAUGUACGGCAGAAGGUUAAAGAAAUGGUCGAGUUUGUUCAGGAUGAUGAUCGGUUACGUGAGGAGAGGAAGAAAGCUAAGAAGAAUAAAGACAAAUACAUUGGAGUAUCUUCUGACAGCAUGGGAGGCUUCAAACAAAGUAACUCGGGAGAACGAUUUGACCCCGAAUCCAAAAGCAACUGGGACGAGGACUGGGACAAAAACAAGAGCAGCUUCCCGUUCAGUGAAAAAUUUGGGGAGAUAAGUGACAAAAUUGGAAGCACCAUUGAUGACACCAUCAACAAAUUCCGCAAGAAGGAGAGAGAUGACUCGCCAGACCGCAUCAGUGACAAUGAGGAGGACAAAGUUUCACGGAACGGUCGUCUUGCAAAGUCAGAGUUCAAGGAUGAUGAAGAAACUGUAACAACCAAGAGCAUCCAGAUCACACAGAACACAGAUACAAUCACCUCCACCACCACUACCACCUCCACACGCAAACGCGGCGGAGUCCCGUCCAAAACCGUCGACUUGGGCGCAGCGGCACAUUACACUGGCGGCAAAAGCAGUCCCGAUGCUGACAACAACAAGGCAUCAUUGAGUCAGACAUCCAGCAUAGGGUUUGCAGACCUGUUGAUGGUGGACUCUGGCUCUGCUCAACCAGUGUCUUCAGUUGGAAGCUCAGAUCUCAUUGGUGACUUUGCUGACUUGUCCUCACCUUCUGCCUCUGCCAGUCUCCCGUCAGCUGCUGGUUCGCUGUCUACUGGUAACGGUGAGUUUGGUGACUGGAACGCCUUCUCCUCCACCAGUCCUCCUGCUGCCACUGCUCAAUCUGCCAUCCCAGACCUGUUCAGUGACGUACCCGCUCCGGCCGCCCCCGCGCCCACAUCCACCCAACCUCCUUCCGCUGACCUCUUCGACCUGAUGGCCCUCAACAACAGCAGCCUCAGCGCAUCCCAAAGCAUGACCUUCAACAUGUGCUCGCAGAACGCAACCACACCUCUGUCCAGAUCACAGACAAUAGGGGGUCCCUUAUUGACUCAGCAGAUGGGACUACAGAAGUCAGGGGGGAAGGUAUCAAUGCCCGCCACCUGGUCAGACUCAAGCGUCAACAUCAGCCUGGAUUUCCUGUCUGCAGGCCUGAAUCCUCCCAAGCCCUCACAGCCCACACUCAAUACCAUGAUACAGCAAGGUGUUCAGCCACCCUUGAACAUGGUCACCCAGAAUUUGGCCGGAAUGGCACUCAAUGCCCAGCCGUCAGCAGCUACUCCCCGAGCAGGAGUGACCCCCAUGAUGGCCGGAGGGACCAUGGGCAUGGGAAUGCCUCCUACUAUGGCAACAGGCACCAUGGGAAUGGGCUCUGUGGGUAUUGGAGGAAUGCCUGUCAAUCAAGGACUAAUAGGCAUGAAUAUGGUGCCUGCUGGAAUAGGUGCCCUUGGUGUGCCCAGCAUGAGUAUUGGCCAGAGCAUGAACCCCGCCAUGGUGCAACCUAAACAAGAUGCCUUUGCAAACUUUGGCAACUUUGGGAAAUGAAGGCUGAUCCACUCCAAGAGGGUUAACGGUCCAAAUACACCUUCUCAAAAGAAGGAGCUGCAUUCAGUAAAAUGGACAAAACUAGCCAGUGUCACAACUCUUCAAUCAUUUGCCCCUAUACGUUAACAGAUACAGAGAAACAACACACACACACACAAGAAUCUGCUUUUAUUUCAUGUGGGGUUGAUAAUCUGAUUUUUCUUUUGUAAAUGGUGCAAAGCAUAUUGUAUACUUUUAAAAGAAAAGAAAAAGAUGGCUGUGUGCAGUUUGGUACAUUUUUCCACUGUUUCAUAACAGAAACCUCAGACUUUUUUUCUCCCCCUGUUCACCAUUUCAAAUACAUCUGAUUUCAGAAAUUACCUCAUAUUUUGCAUCACUCAUGCUGUGAUUUAAAGGCCGUGAAGGGUUGACUUUGUAAAUAUCUCGGUGUGCAAAAAGUAAAUUAUUUUACUCACUUCUCAGAUGGUAUAAGACGGGACAAACUACCACAGGUCCUUAAUAUUUACUAUUGUUUUUGUUAACGAUUUGAAUUGUUACAGUUUGUCUGAUAUACCGUCACUCCUUAUAUUCCGUUAUCACUCCAACAUCUGUUAUUUAGAUGGGGUUUUUUUGUUUGUUUUUGUUUUUUUACAGACUAUAUCUGAUAUAGUUUCAAGACUUUCGUGUAGCAAGCUGCCUGAGCGAAAUUUGAAGUGUGCCUCCCGGUGAAAAUGGCCACCUUUUUAAUACAAAUUUGUAUGAAGGUUAUUAACUGUACUUGAUGGAUCCGAAACUGUUACAUGAAUAGCGUAAGCCAUUACAUUCUUGAAUGAUUUUUAGGGGUCUCUUCCAACCGAGUUUGAGAAACAUGUGCUUUGGUGGUAGCAGGAGUGGUGUUACACAUUUCUAUUAACUACUUGAAUUGGUAUUUAUAAUGCCUCAUAAUAACAGUCAUAUCUAUUGUUCUUUUUUGCAUGUCGAUUUUACAGUUUUAAGCAUUGAUGCGGGUCAGUUACAUUUAUGUAAUGUCUAUGGUGGCUAUGGAAUCGAUGAAGGUAUUGUGAACCCUAAAUUAAGUUUACUGGCGCCCUUUUUAAAAAAAAAAAAAAUUGGUUUUGUCCAUUUUCCCAUAUGCUGCUUUACACCUAAACAAACAAAGGGUCCUCCAACAGGCACCGAGGCAUUAUGUUCCAAAUGACCAAAUCUUUAUUUUAUUACUAUUUAGAUUUAUUCCAUAGGGGUUUAGUUUCUUAUUUUAAUACUUAACAUUAUACAGAGAGAUCAUGUGCUUAAUUACAUUGUUCUAGACAUGGGUAAAUUCAGUGAACACUUUUUAGUUUAUGCAAAUGUAAAGAGAAACAGAAGAUCGAGCGCCUCUUUCAUUAUAGUUUCUUUUCAGAUUUAAUUUUUUUGAUUUUAUUGUACUCAAAAGAUUUUGUUUAACAUUAAACGAUUUCAUCAAAAA